UUUAUACACUUUCACCACUAAAAAACAUGUGUUCAGUUCCCCAUGUGCGUGAAGUUACUUAAAUUUAACUAUACUGUAAUAAUUAAGUCAAUGUAGUUCCUGCGAGGACUCUAACUGAAGCAGUUAGAGUUCCUGGAAAGUGUAUUUGAAAAAAAGCACACGUAAAACAGAUGAAAAACGAAUACAGAUCACUUAUAGGAUACCAUGAUCAUUGCGUUUUUCCUUAUGCACUUUCCGCGAACCCUUUCUGGCUCACUCCAAAUAAAAAAAGCCAGAACAAUCUCAAAAUGCUGGUCGAUCUGUCCUCAUCUGCGGAAAUUGAGUGGAAAUCGUUAAACUACUUAUCAUCGUGUAAAAAGUGCUGGAGCUGUCUGACCACGAAUGGUGAUGAUAAGUCCUCUCCCACUAUUUCAAGUCGUGGUGGCGACAAGGUCCUGGAACACGUUUUACGACGGGAACCCACCUUUCGCCACAUUCUCCUCCUCUUGACCACAUGCAAAAAUGAAUUUCACCUCGACAUGGACGACUUUUUCCAAAACUGUUGCGUCCCAUGUGCAGAAAUAUUUCAGGAUUUGGUCCUCCUUCAGGAACAACUUCAAAAAGUGGAUGCAAAGAUUUGUACCUAUUUCGAAAUGUUAAAGGACAAGAGGAAGAACAAAUCGAUGGCGUCGUCAUCACCUGUGUCUAAUUCGUUAAUUGACGUGGAAAUGAGUACCUGGGGAGACUUUUUGUUACAAUAAUAAUACUAAUUUGUUGAAUAUUGAUUAUUUUCAGGGUUUCGAAUGGACACAGGCUGGACAAAAUGAUAAUGAAGACAAAUUAGGUCGAGAUGAUGAUGAUGAGGUGCAACGUGUCGUGUUGGAAGAAGUAGACAUAAAAGAAGAAGAGGAAACUUGUGACAAGGAGGAAUUUAUGCUGGGGCUUAUUAAGUACGCAAUAGAGGAGGAUGAGGACCGUGAUGUCGAGAUGGGGGACGAAUCUGAACCAGAAAUAGAACCAAAUCUCGACUUUGACCCGUUAGAUUUUUCUAAGUACUGUUUAAUUUAACAU